UUUCUAUCCCCCUUGAAGGACUUGUAAAGGAAUACUGACAUGUGGCUAUGUAACAAAACUAAAACUUGGGCAUGUGCCGAGUUUAUCCCAUAUUGGAGGUUCUUGUUUGUUGUGGAUAGCGGUAAGACGGGGUUUUACUAUGAAGCUCUGGCUGGCCUCGAAUUCACAGAAAUUUCUGGCCUUUGCCUCCCAGCGCAAGGCCUGAAACACUGUCUAGCAUUAAAUAUUUUUGUCUCGCCUUCCGAACCUUCUUGGAGUUUCCCCCCUCAGGCUAACCACAGCUCAGCGGAGCGCUUCCUACUGCUGGGUUUCAGCGACUGGCCCUCUCUGCAGCCUGUCCUCUUCGCACUGGUCCUUCUCUGCUACCUACUAACGCUCACAGGCAACGCGGCGUUGGUGCUGCUGGCCAUUCGCGACCCUCGCCUGCACACACCCAUGUACUACUUCCUUUGCCACUUGGCUCUGGUGGAUGUGGGUUUCACCACUAGUGUGGUGCCACCGCUGCUGGCCAGCCUGCGCGGCUCAAUGCUGCAGCUACCGCGCGCUGGGUGCAUGGCUCAGCUGUGCUCAUCGCUGGCGCUGGGCUCCGCCGAGUGCGUGCUGCUGGCAAUCAUGGCGCUGGACCGCGCGGCUGCCGUAUGCAACCCUCUGCGCUACACCUCACUCGCCUCGCCGCUACUGUGCCGCACCCUGGCCGGAGCUUCCUGGCUCGGUGGCCUGGCCAACUCCGCGGCGCAGACCGCCCUGCUAGCCGCGCGUCCGCUGUGCGCACCUCGCUGUCUGGACCAUUUCAUCUGCGAGUUGCCGGCGCUGCUACAGCUGGCCUGCCGCGGCGGCCGCAGCGCCACCGAGCGCCAGAUGUUCGCCGCGCGUGUGGUCAUCCUGUUGGUGCCUUCGGCGGUCAUCCUGGCCUCCUACAUCGCCGUGGGCCGCGCGGUCUGGGGCAUGCACUCCAGCUCUGGCUGGCGGAAAGCGGCGAGCACGUGUGGUUCUCACUUGACCGCCGUCUGCCUAUUUUAUGGCUCUGCCACCUACACCUACCUGCAACCUACGCAUAGUUACAACCAGGGCCGUGGCAAAUUCGUCUCGCUCUUCUACACGGUGGUCACUCCCGCUCUCAAUCCUCUCAUCUACACACUGAGGAACAAGGAAGUGAAGGGGGCGGCACUGAGGCUCUUGCGGAGUCUGGGGAGGCCAUAGGUGGGACAGUGAAAAACCUGAGAAGGGCUCAGAGUCCUGGAAAUAGGAUGCUCAUAAUUUUUGUCUGUGCAUAAGGAUCUGCAAGUUUUGUGC